CGGAGUGCGGGAUGCCGAGCUGCCUGCCGCCCCACUACCGGUUGCUGGACCUGGUAUUUGCACUGUGGGGGACGGUGGCCUUCUUGGGGGACCUUGGCUCCGACGUGUGGAGCGCCGUGAAGUACUAUAAGGGCGGGGACACGGUGCUUGCUGUCGUGCACUUCGGCCUGUAUCUCCUGUCCUCAUGUGUGCUGCAGCUCCUCAGCUGUGGAUGGUACUGGGCGGACUGGCGGGAGUGGGGGGCUGAAGCUGGUGCUGCAGAACAGAAGCACACACAACAGAAUGGUAUAAAGUGCGCUGACUUGUGUUCCAAUGCCUCGUCUAUGGGCCCGGAGAGGUGCGAUGUGGAUGCGGCGGUCUAUGCGGACACAAAGCUGCUGUCAGAAGAUAGCGCCUCUUGUCACAGAGGGACUAAUGGGGACACGGCAGCCCUGCAGGAAAGUCCCAUAGCUGUCACCCAGGAUGUCACAAGUAGUCCAGCACACCAAGAAAAAGCCAUUGUCAUCUACAACAAUGGUCAGGACGCGGAGUAUACACCCUUUCUUAGCGAUUUUUAUACCUCCAAGAUUUGGCAGACGCGUUCCUGUCUUACCAUCCUUCACAUACUGCACUUUGGGUACCCAUUCAGGUGUUUACAUUCGUUGGAAGUGGGAAUAGCUGCAUACAGAAGCAGUGAAAGUAGCUCAAAGUUCAACCUGUACCAGGAAUAUGCCUAUUUUCUAACACAUGAUCUUAGCAUGAUGCGGCUUAUAGAGACCUUCCUGGAGAACACUCCUCAACUCAUCCUUGUUUUAUAUGUUAUAAUACAACGGGAAACCAUAUAUCUCUUUCAGUAUUUCAGCAUAGGCAUUUCAUUCAUAUGCAUUAGCUGGGCAAUCCUGGAUUACCACCAAUCACUAAGACUGUUUCUAAAAGACAAAGAAAAGUUGAACUUUUCAUCUUCAAUCAUUUACUUUGUGUGGAAUUUUUUCCUGAUCUCAUCACGUAUCAUGUGCAUCACUCUUUUUACUCUCACUUUUCAUUGGAUGACUGUUCUGCAUUUUGUUGGUGUGUGGCUUGGCUUCUUCUUAUGGGUGUGUCUGCAGAAAACAGACUUUAUGAAGAGUAGAUGCCUGGAACCUUUCUACAGGGCAACGGUGGCUGCUAUACUCUACUUCUCAUGGUUUAACAUAGCUGAUGGAAGAACAGUCUACAGAUGUAUUAUCUACCAUGUGUUUAUUACCAUAGAUUCUGCGUUACUUCUUUUGUCGUGGAUGUAUCUGAGGGUUCCAUCCAUCUUGGAUCAGUAUGAAAGUGCCGUUAUUGGGAUAACUGUACUAUUUACCGUUCUAGGUCUCCUCUUAAGGGUGGUUUAUUACAAGUGGGUCCACCCCAAUGUGACCAAAGAAAAGUACUAUGAUCAACCUGAUGGCAUUAGAGAUGCAACGUACAGGAUCUUUACACCAACAGAAAAGAUAAAGUCUUGGAAACAAAAUGAACGAAUGGUCCACUUAGCACGGCAAAAUUGCUAG